CAUGGCUCCCGGCGGUGGAAGGAAGAGGCUUCACCCCUUUUGAAGCGGUGAAGAGCGGCCGGAAAGGCGAGAAAAAAAAAGAAGUGACUAGAGCCCGUCAUCGCUUUUAUCCUCUCAGCCUCUCCUAAGUCCGGUCGGCAUCACCUCUUCUCCCCGUCCAAAUCCAAUCUCUUGGUCUCCUCCCCACCCCGCCCUCAUCCCCUCGCUCGCUCACCCCUCCUCUCGGGAAUCCUUUUCCCGCCCCCUCGCCCCCCGCGGAGUGCGCACGCGCCUUCUUCCAGCUUCGCGCGCAGAUCGCCGCCUAACCUGCUAGCGCAGCCGCCGUCUCGUCUGCCCUCCGACGAAACAUGGGCGUCCAGGGCUUCCAAGAGUUCCUGGAGAAGCGCUGUCCCGGGGCCGUGGUGCCCGUGGACCUCCUCAAACUCGCGCGCACGGUCUCGCGCCAGCAGCAACAGCACCAGCAUCGCCAGCUGCCGCCUUCGGCAGCCCUAGCGCCCGGGUCUCUUCGCGCCGCCAGGGGCUCCGCGCCUCUGCAACCGCCGCUCCCGCCCGCUGCCUUGGGUGCCAACUCCGGGGGCGCGGGGCCGACUCGGCACCAUCACCCCGCUCACCACCUCCACCACCACGGCCAGGCGCAUCCUGGGCUGCACCCGCCGCCGCCGCCCCCUCCGCUGCCCGGGGCCCGGGUGCUUGUAGACGCGGGCUCGGCGCUUCCGCGGCUUUAUGGUGGCUACCAGACGGAUUGGGUGUGUGGUGGUCAAUGGAACGCCAUGCUGGGCUACUUGUCAGCGCUAUGCCAGGCUUGUGCCUAUCCCGGCGGCGACGGCCUGGAGCUGGUGGUCAUGUUCCCCGGGGGCCUGGGAAAGGACCGGCUGGCCGAGUGGGGCCGUCGGUGCCAGGCCGAGCGGCAGACAGCGCAACUGAUCGUGGGACACGUGGGCAACAAGGGCACCCCUCCUCCACGGGCCUGGUUCCUGCCACCGGCCUGCCUGAGCCACUGCGUGAGGCUAGCACUCAUCCGCUUCCGGGUCAAGGUCUUUCAGAGCCUUGAAGACCACCAUUUGGAAGUGGUAGCUUUUUUCAGGGAAAAUGGCUUCCAUGGCCUUCUUGCCCAUGAUUCCGAGUAUGCUCUCUACAAUAUUCCCUCUUACUACAGUUCCCAUGCUCUGAAGCUGAGUUGGAAUGGAAAGAAUCUCACUACGAAUCAGUUCCUGAUACAGGAGGUAGCCAAGCAGCUGGGCUUGAAGCGGAUGAAUUUUCCCAUAUUUGCUGCACUGCUAGGUAACCACAUUCUCCCAGAUGAAGACCUGGCUGCUUUUCACUGGAGCCUCUUGGGACCAGAACAUCCCCUUGCAUCACUUAAGGUCCGAGCUCAUCAGCUGGUUCUUCCUCCCUGUGAUGUGGUGAUCAAGGCUGUUUCUGAGUAUGUUAGCUCCAUCAAAGACCCCUCAAACCUGGAUGUGGUCGGGAAGGAUGUUUUCAAACAGUCUCAGUGUCUGGGGCCAAGCAGCAGAAGGAUAGAAAGAAAAAGCAUUAAAGGCUCACUCUACCCUCCCAAGACCACCGCUUCUCUGAUUGGAAAGGAAGGUUCUUGCUAUUCCCCUAUUGCCACUGCUGACACCAUAGUUCCUUCAGUGAUCCUCAAAGAAUGGUCUGCCUAUAAAGGGAAGUCACCUCAAACCCCUGAGCUGGUGUCUGCACUGACAUUUCGGGAAUGGACUUGCCCAAACCUCAAGAAGCUCUGGCUUGGCAAAGCGGUGGAGGACAAGAACAGAAGGAUGCGGGCCUUCCUGGCCUGUAUGAAGUCAGAUACCCCCAGCAUGCUCAAUCCAGCUAAUGUCCCAGCCCAUCUGCUACUGAUGUGCUGCGUGCUCCGGUACAUGGUUCAGUGGCCUGGUGGCCGAAUCCUGCAUCGCCAUGAGCUAGACACUUUCCUUGCACAGGCAGUAUCUACCCAGCUUUAUGAACCAGAUCAACUUCAAGAACUCAAGAUUGAGAAACUGGAUGCCCGAGGGAUCCAGCUUGCUGCCCUCUUCAUGAGUGGGGUUGACACAGCUCUGUUUGCCAAUGAUGCCUGUGGCCAGCCAGUCCCUUGGGAGCACUGCUGCCCCUGGAUUUACUUCGAUGGCAAGCUGUUCCAGAGCAAGUUAAUUAAAGCAGGCCAAGAGCGAGUAUCCCUGGUUGAGCUCUGUGAUGGCCAGGCUGACCUGGCAUCCAAAGUGGAAAAGAUGAGACAGAGUAUCCUUGAAGGAGUCAACAUGAACCAUCCACCACCUUCUGCUCUACUUCCAUCACCUACUUUUGUGCCUCCCAUGGUGCCCCCUCUCUACCCUGUUUCACUUUAUUCCCGCGCCAUGGGCUCAAUGCCACCUCCCCCUCAAGGAAGGAGCCGGGGAUUUGCAGGUCUCCAUCCAAUCCCUCCCCAAGGAGGAAAACUGGAGAUUGCUGGGAUGGUUGUAGGCCAGUGGGCUGGCAGCAGGUCCUCCAGGGGCCGAGGCUCUUUUGGCAUGCAAGUGGUUUCUGUCGGUGGGCCAGGAAAAGGGCAUGGAAAAGAACAGACUGGUAGAGGAUCCAAAGGACACAAAAAAGGAAAUAAACAAAGCACUUCAGAUGGAAUUUCUAAAUCCCUGGAGCCUCAUCAGGGUCGGUCCUACUCACAGAUAAAUGGAAACAAUGGCACAUUGAUCAAAGAAGAGAAGAGUGAUCAUCAUCUUCCAGCUCCAUCACAGUGUGCCUUAUCCAGAGACAGCAACGUGUGUACUAAUGGUAACCGCUACUUCCCCAUGAAGGAGGGGGAGAAGAACUGCUUACGAGAGCAAAAGCUAGGAACUGUGACACAACAGAAGGAGGAGUAAUGAGCAGAGAUGGCUUCAGCAGAUCAGGAAGAGAGGAAAACCUAUACUUUUCUGAGUGUAGGCCCAAGUUAGAGGAAGACAUAAAUGCUUACCCUAGAUUUAUCCAAAAUUUUGUUGGGACAUCUAUUGUAUUCAUCUCUUCCCUUUCCCUGUCUUUUUCUGGACCUCCAGACUUCAUGGUCUGCUUCUGGGGAAGCUCUGGUCAAAGAUGAAUGGCAACAGGACUAGGUCGUAUUCUCAAGUAGAAUAUGUAACACCAGUAUUCUCUUUGCCUCCCCUGGGAGUGUAGUAAGGCAAUGUCUGUCAGAAAGCUGGUAUCAUCGUGCAAGGCCCUAUAGAAAAGCUCCAGCUUUAGUUUUCUGAGUCUUCAUCAUGUUACUCAUUUAAAAAACUCGUGGGAUGGUAGGGACUGCUGUCUGUGGCUUCCUACCUUGCUUUUUUCUCUUUGAAGUAGUGAGACCUAGGUAUAUAAUCAGUAUCUGCCUUCCUCUCAUUCUUUCCUGCCAUUCACCUAACCCAGGAUUUUGUACCACUGCCUCUAACUCUGGCCUGACAAUCAGAUAGGUAAAUGUUUUCAGGGAAGUGAAAUACUAUUGGUUAUUUUAUUUUAUUUUAUUUUAUAUUUUAUUUUAUUUUAUACACUUUAAAAACAAAAACUACCAAUGGCCUUUGUGCUGGGGGAUUCAAGUGAGUCGGAAAAGUAUGGGCAGAUUUUUCCUGCCUCUGAACUAAUGCAUUGUUUGUAAAAUAGAAAAUGUGGUGCAGUUGACCCACUCCCUGCUGCCCACACCCUGAAAGGGUGGGAAUCAAUGUAAUGAAACUGAGUACGAAAGGGAACUUAAAAGAUGGUGUGUGCAUGUGUGUGUGCAUGUGUGUGUGUUUGGGCAUGGGUGUGUGGGUAUAUAUGAACGUAUGUAUCUAUAUGCAUACACAUACACUUUAUAUAAAGAGACAGAUCUAUUUAUCUAUACAUAUUUUAUAUAUAUAAAUGUGUGUGUGUGUGCGCGCACACACGUGUGCGUGCACACAUACCUACAUACAUGGUGAUGUCCCAGAGGAUUUACUGAAUUUCCCAGAAAUGCUUCCACUGCUAUGGAGUGGUGGGUUUCAAAAGACUACACUUUAAAAUCCAUACUGAGUCACAGCCCAUUGGUUAUGAGAAGAUGGGCUUCUCUAAAGCAGACAAAAAGUACUUUCCAGAGAUUGCCUGUUCAGAACAACAAAUAGUUGGAUUGUCACAAGUUUAAUCUUGUGCAGAGUCCUCACAUCCCAUGUAGUGAACAAGAAUGUUGGAAUGGGGCAGGGGUAUAGUCAGGCAUUCCCUUCUGCUAGAGCAGCCUAUUUCAGAGAAAGGAGAUGGGAGGUGAUUACCAGGGUUUGCAGCCAAUUGGGAGGAAAUCUCAUCUGGAGCUCCUGGGUCAAACCGGCCUCAGGCUAGAAUUGAUUAUCAUGAAUCCCUGAAGGAGAGAGGACUAACAUUGGAAUGAUGGAGUAGGGAAGUAUGAGGAAAUCGACAAUUUGGUUUUACAUGCCUAGAUUGUUUUAUUUGUUCAUUGACAUUUUGACUAAUGGAUCUUUUCAUUUGCUUUGCAAGGAAGACUUCAGAGGACUCUGGCCCAGGCCUUUGGGGGUAUUUUGUAAAGGUUCCCAGCCCCUGAUGAGGCCAGAAUCUGCCUCAUCAAAAAAAACAAAAAAGCUGUUCUUCCUUGCUGGAGAUACUCUUGAGACAACCAAGGUUGUCCAGUUUCCAGUUUCCCUCCUCAGCAGCUUAAAUAUGAGGGAUGGGAAUAUGGCUUACAACAGAUUAGCAUUGUGUCUUCAUUGAAGAAUUGAGGUUUCCAGCCUCACACAUCUCCUUUUGGGCUUUGUGAUACUCUUGCCCAAGAAGUACCAUUCCUACCGGAAUUCACCUGACUAGACUUCUAGCAGGGUUUCUCUCUCUUUUUUAAAAACACCAUGCACCUUAAUCCACAGUAAGUCCUUGGUGAUUUUUUUCCAGACAACCAAAAGGCUGUUUGCUUGCUGCCCACUUACAAUGAGCGCAUCAUGAGAGCUUGAAAACAGUCUCAGACUGUCUAAUCCUAGCCUAGCCCAGUUUAAGAGAAUCCACAAGUUGUAGGGGAAGGGAGCCCUAGAAUGCCUCUCCCCCUGCCCAGACACUUCUUACAUAAACCAAAGCAAGAUGACAAGAGUGCACACCUAGCAAGAUAUAACCAGGAACAAAGUGUACAAAAGCCUCCUCUUUGGAAUUUGCUCCUUUAAUUUGGUCCCCCCUCUUCUCUUGGACCUGCCCAGCCUUUCACAAAAAUCUUAAAGGUUAGGAUUUCUCUGUCCAGCAAGAGAGGGAUUUGGUAGUGAACUUAGACAGCUUGGAAAUUUCUGGAACCACAGAGGGAGGGAUACUUUGAAGCUCUAAAAAUAACCAGAAUUACUGAGCUGAGUUAAAUUAAAUAUAUAGACUACAUUUUCUAAUAGGAAAUACUUGGACUUAUAUGGAAAGGUAUUUUCUUCAGUUGCUGUUUCUGUGCAUCUUGAAUCUAUUCGACACAAUUAAGUGACAGUAUUGUUAACUCUCACAGCCUUAAGGCAUUCACUGUGAGAAGUAAAAUUGCUGCUUUGACAGGGAUGAUUCCAGUUUGCCAAAAGGCUUGCUUUUCUCCCUUUCUCACACCUCUGCUUUCUCCUAGCCUGGCCCAGAGUGAAAUAAGUGGCUCACUUCCAACCUUGAUUUUUAUUUGGAGUCAGCACUUUGGGAUUGAAAGGUCAUAGUAAAGAACUAUAAAGGGCCAUAUUCCUGUAUUUUAAUUUAUCUGCCAAAAUCUACACUUUUAAAGCCAGAAAGGCUAAAGUUCAUUACUGGAAGAUAAACUUUGUCUUCCCUGAGGACAAAUGGUGAAGGUGGGUCUGAUCUCUGCUGUGAGUACCACUUGAAGAGACUGUCAUCCUUCACUUGAGGUUCCACUUCUGACUAUGAUGUGUGUGCCUCUCUCGAACAAAGUCGACAAAGUCGUAUAGGAACCCCCAGAAAUGACCCCUUGACCUUGUAGAGCCACAAGCAAAAGCACCCUGGUUGUAUAUAGCCAGACUCCCAAGGACUUGGCAGUUCUUGAUUUCUGCUUGGGGUCUUGAAGUCAGCCUAAAACUCCCACCCUUAUUCAGCGGCCAGUCUGACCUGAAUCAGGCCUUACAAACUUUUUCUCAUUUGCAUCAUUUUCCUUCUGAGCCAGGAGGACUUCAGGUCGACUUUAAAGCCCAAGAAAUGAUACCUGCUUUGGCCAGUGACAUUGGAUUUUUGUCUCCAUCUUGAUUUUCUGGCAUCAUUGGCCAACUCUCAUGAACUUUUUUUGAUCACUGAGAAAAACAGCCAGACAAGGCAUUAGG